AAAUUGAGACACCCUCCAUCGAUGAAUCAUCUUCCAAGUCCCGGAAAAAGAUGUCCCACUAACUCAAAGCCUUUCAAGUCUCAAAACCCUACCUUUUGUUCAUCUCAUCAUCAAAAACUAAUCCUUACGUGUGGGACUUUCAGACAGAGUAGAGAGAGCAUGGCUAGCUGCAGCAUGGCAUCGGCUGCGUGUGGGUUCGUUGUAACACCUAAGGUCGCCGCCUCCAACACAGGCACAUCUCGUAGCAGUGUGUUAUCGUUUUCUGUCAAGAACAAUAAGAACUCAAGGCUGGUUGUGAGAUCGGCUGAGGAGGAGGCGCCACCAGCAGCCACCACCACUGCUCCACCCGCUGGAAAACCUGCUCCGGCUGCCAAACCACCUCCAAUUGGACCCAAGAGAGGAACUAAGGUUAAAAUUCUUAGGAAGGAGUCCUACUGGUACAAAGGCAUCGGGUCAGUUGUAGCUGUUGAUCAGGACCCAAAAAGUCGGUACCCAGUGGUGGUGCGGUUCAACAGGGUGAAUUAUGCAAAUGUAUCCACAAACAACUAUGCCUUGGACGAGAUCCAAGAAGUUUAAUGAAUCCCAUCCCCCAUUGUAAUUGCUGUCGAAGUUAAUCUCUAGCUAAAAAGCUUGUGUAUGAACGUGUGUGUAUCGUAUAUUCUUGGUGAUUCUCUCUUACUUUAAAUAGAUCCUCUUUGUGAAAUGUCCAUUCCAUGAAAAAAUUUAGAGAGUUUUAAAGAGGAUCUUUUAGUAAUAGUAUUUGACUUUGAAUCUGUGAUAGACAAAUCAAACAAAGCGCUCAAAGUUGAGGCACUUUGUUGCAUUCAUUUUAUAUAUAUUGAUAAUUUCUGCUAUUUACAUCCACCUUUCAUCAUUAUUUUUCUGGUAAAUUUCACACAGAGCAA